UCACAUUUACUUAACUAAGGUAAGAUGACAGAAUCAUAUUUUCAUAUUAUGCAGUGGUGUUCUUGUGAAAACGUGAGAAAAAGUGGAAGAUUCCUAUUUAUUCUCCCCUACUUUAGCAUGUAGUAGAGACACAUAAAUAAGGGAAAAUUACAAAAUAUCAUAUGAGAUUCUGCUUCAACAGAAUAUUACAACGUUUAUGGUAGAAAACAAUGCUAAAAACCUGCUGAUAUUAAGUCACAGUGUCACAGAAAUGUGCAUCUUAUCAGAGUCACAUGCUGGACAACAGGCCACUUAUUCUCUAUUCCUGCAUCCACAGCUAGCGGAUGUUUAUGGGAAUGUGUUCUGCAUACGUCUGGGAAGACACAGAACAGUGUUUGUGUCUGGGUGGAAGAUGGUGAAAGAAGCCAUAGUGACGCAGGCUGACAACUUUGUGGACCGGCCUUAUAGCCCGAUGGUGACCAGAAUUUAUUCAGGGAACUCAGCGGGUCUUUUCUUCAGUAAUGGGGACGUGUGGAGGAGACAGCGGCGUUUCGCCAUGGCCAUGUUACGUACCUUUGGCCUGGCCAAGAGCUCCAUGGAGCAGAGCAUCUGCGAGGAGAGCCUUCAUCUCCAGGAAGUGAUGGAGAAGGAGAAAGGUUGGACAAAAAAAGAACAAAACAGAGAGAGAAUAAAAUGUAACAGAAUGGAAAGCAAAAAUACACACAGACAUUUCUUCUGCUCAGGUGAGCCAUUUGACCCGGUGCCCCUCUUAAACAACGCUGUGGCCAACAUCAUCUGCCAGAUCGUGUUCGGAAGACGGUUUGACUACAGCGACCACAACUUCCAGAGCAUGCUGAAGAACCUGACUGAGAUGGCCUAUUUGGAGGGCUCCGUAUGGGCUCUACUAUAUGAUUCGUUCCCAGCACUGAUGAAACGCCUGCCGGGGCCUCACAACGGCAUCUUCAGCAGCUCCAAGUCUCUGGAGGCAUCUAUCAGGGCAGAAAUAGAGAGGCACAAGUUGGAUCUGGACCCCGGCAACCCACGAGAUUACAUCGACACCUUCCUGAUAGAGGAGAAAAACAACAGAAACAGUCAACUGGGUUUCGACGAAGGCAACCUGGUUCUGUGUUGUCUGGAUCUGUUCCUGGCUGGUAGUGAAACCACUUCCAAGACCCUGCAGUGGGGCCUCGUCCACCUCAUCAAGAACCCUCAUAUCCAGGACAAAGUCCAGGCAGAGAUAGACAGAGUGAUCGGACAGACCCGCCAGCCCACGAUGGCUGACAGACCCAAACUGCCCUACACUGAUGCGGUCAUACACGAGAUCCAGCGGAUGGGAAACAUCGUUCCUCUGAAUGGACUCAGAAUGGCCGCCAAGGACACGACAUUGGGCGAUUACUUCAUACCCAAGGGGACCUCAGUGAUGCCCAACCUGACCUCGGUGCUGUUUGACAAGACUGAAUGGGAAACUCCUGACACCUUUAACCCUGAACACUUCCUGGAUGCUGAGGGGAAGUUUGUGAGGAGGGAUGCAUUUUUACCUUUCUCGGCAGGAAAGCGUGCAUGUCUCGGUGAAGGCCUGGCGAGAAUGGAGCUGUUUCUGUUUUUCGUCAGUUUGUUACAGAAAUUUUAUUUUUCCACUCUGGAUGGAGUUGAGCUGAGUUCAGAGGGAAUCGUCGGCGCCACACGCACACCGUACCCCUUUAAGAUCUACGCCAAAGCCCGCUGAAUCCUGCAGCCUAUCCUCUACUAUACACUGUAUGCUAUAGUAAAAAUAUUAUACAUCUUAGACGACACAUGCUACAUCCAUGGCUAGUUUUCCUGUCUAGUUUAAACCAGUCCAGUAUAGACAGCAUUCAACAAUAUGUCUACAACAUGUGUGUGACAUACCGAAGCUGAUGGGAGCACGAGGAAAUGUUUCAUAUAAGGCGAACUGCAGCAUGCUUUGUUUUGCCACAACACAUAAUCACAUAAUGUGCGACGUGAUGCAUUAUCGUUUUCCAACACUGACACUGUUAUGUAACCAGCAAGCAGCAGCAAAACUCUCCAAAUAUCUUAUCAAUCAUGUCUAUUAUUACCCACUUUCAGUUAGACUAUUGCAUACUAUAAAAAAAAUGUUUUUACAGAAAGGCCAGAUUUCGUUCUCUCUCUGUAACUUGUAGGUUACCUACAGUUAGUCCUGUCACAAUUCUUUUGUUGAAUGAAAUAUUGUCCAAGAAAUAAUUACGAUAAACAAUAUUAUUGUCAUUUUAAGACCAUUUUAUGGCACCGAUAUAAUGACAAUAUAGUAGCAUAAUAAUGCAAGUACACACCUUCAAGGAGAUGUAUUGUACGAUUAGCGAUAACGUAAAAACUAUCGAGGUCAUGUCCAUAUAUCGUACGAUAAGUCGAUAAUGUAAAAAUGCUCAAGGUCAUGUCCAUAUAUUGUACGAUGAGUCGAUUGCGUAAUUAUCGUGACAGGCCUACCUACCGUUUGUGUGAUUGGAUUUAUUUCCUGAUAAGGUUAGUUUGCAAAUUGCUGCUUUAUUGUCACAGGCAAAAGGCACUGUUGACUAAAUGAAUAAACACCUGUGUGUCAAAAGGUU